AUGACUGUUCAUUUCGACAUUUCAGGCGUUGGUUUCUUUGUCGGCGAGCCGUGUGUAUCGACUUGCAAUCAGAUCCUAUUUCACGUGACCUGUAACCUAUCGACCCACGUAUGCGAGUGCCUCAAAGAAUAUCCCGUGAAUGUCAACAAUAAAAAUUGUCGCAAAGCCCUUCACAUCGGAGAGAGAUGUGAGUUCACCGAAGAGUGCAGUUAUUUCGACAAAAACACCGUCUGUUCCAGUGAUGGCUACUGUCAGUGCUCUGAAGGCUAUGAUAUAAAAAGUGAAGACAAGAAGGGAAGGCUAUGCGUCGCCGGCGAUUCAGCGAUGCAUUUGCGUAUAGGAGCGGCCACUUACGAGUUCUUGAACAAUGCGGAUCUGACCACUUUGUUGAGCCUUAUUACCAGUCUUUUUAUGCUUAUAUUCCUCUUCUGCUUUGUCAUCAAACUCUUCAAUAAGGCGCGUUUUAGUGAACACAGUGACCGCUGCUAUUCGAGGGCAUCGGUGCCGCCCGUCAUACUGACGGGUAUGGAGACGGCCGCCUCCCGGGGCUCGAGCGCCAGGUCUUGCAAUGAAUUUAUGCCGCCCUCGCGUCGCGCCAGCUAUUCGCUGUUAGCGCCCCCACCCUCCGGCUUAGGUAUCACUUAUUCAUCCGUCUCGACGUCCGAGUCUCUCAUCCAUACGCUCUCAAAGUUCCUUAAGAAGCUAUUCAUCAUUUCGUAGUCAAUCAUCGUUUAGAAACUAUAGGCCAGGGAUUGGAGUCCGCGAGUCCUUCCGCAGAACCACAUCCUCUCCGGUCGACUCAAUGCAACAAAUUGUGUCCAACUCUUCGUUCAAUUCCGAACCCUUUAGACAAAACCAUUUCACAGCAAACUUAAGGAACAAAAGUGUAAGUAUU